CUCACUCACUUCCCUCACACUUUUCACUCUGCUACCCAAGAUGGCGGCAGCCCCAUCCAUCCAGCCGCCGAGCGUUCACUCUUCUCUAGCCGGGGAGAGCGCACUUUCUCCGGAGAUGGAUAGCCCUGAGAGCCGGCAGCCGGAGGAUGAGGAGGCAGCAGCAGGCGGCGGGGGGAGCGGCGGCGGCGGCAGCGGCAGCGGCGGCGGCGGCGGCGGCAGCAGCAGCAGCGGGGGGAGCUCAGCCCUCAGACUCGGGGAUUAGUGUCCGGGACCUGCCGGACCUGGAGCCGGAGGAGAUCGAGAAGCGGCUGGCCAAAACUCGUCAGGAGCUGAGCAACAGGAGGAAAAUCCUCAUGAAGAACCUGCCGCCUGACACCACGAACCAGGAAGUCCAUGAAAUCCUGAAAGAAUAUGAACUCAAGUACUGCUUUGUGGACCGGAACAAAGGCACAGCCUUUGUGACUUUGCUGAACGGGGACCAGGCUCAGGAUGCCAUCCGCUCCCUCCAUCACAGCACUGUCCGCGGACGCCUGAUCAACGUCACCCUGCAGCCCACCGACUCCCUGCUCUGCCUCACCAACCUGCCCCACACCUACACCGCCCAGCAGUUCGAGGAGCUGGUGCGCGCCUACGGAAACAUCGAGCGCUCCUUCCUGGUGUACAGCGAGCUGACGGGACACUCCAAAGGAUAUGGGUUUGUCGAGUACAUGAAGAAGGACUCUGCUUCACGGGCCCGCUCUGAGCUGCUGGGACGACCAAUGGGCGAUCGCUCGCUGAUGGUGCAGUGGAUGGACGUCAACCAGCUGAGCCAAGAGGAGAACCUUCACUCCAAGUGUCUGUGUGUGAACCGGCUGCCGCUCGACCUCUGUGACUCUGAAGAACUGGCCCAGUACUUCUCUGAGACCUACAAACCCGUCUUCUGCCAGCUUGCUCAGGACGAGGGCAGCCCGGUCCGAGGCUUUGGCGUCGUGGAGUAUGAGAGUUCGGAACAGGCGGAGGCUGUGCUGAUGGAAAUGGACAGAACGCUGGUGGGAGGACAGGAGGUUCGUCUGUCACUCUGCAGCCCCGGGACCUCAGGGAGAAGCACCCUGGCUGCACUCAUCGCUGCCCAGGGUAUGAUUCUGAGUAACAGGAAAGGCCUGCUACCAGAACCCAACCUAGCCCAGCUGCUGACCAGUAUGACCAACCCCGCCGCCCUGCAGAUCCUCAUGAGACCGUACCACACUGGGAAAAGAGGAG